AUGUGUUGUUGGAGAAUUCAAGUCUUGGCUGUUUCGCGAUUAGUGUCCUUUGGACAUUUCAAUAACAAGUUGAAAAAUAAGGAGAGAAAAGAUAAAAAAAGAUUAAAUUAAGUCAUGGAGUUUGAGAACAAUAGUUUGAAUGAUACGGGAGUGAAUAAAACUCGUUAUAUUGGAUCACCAUAUCAGUUAUCUAAAGAUGAUAGCAGUUGGGUCAUUUCGAACGCCUUUAUUAUUUUUACUAUGCAAACAGGUUUUGGAAUGUUGGAGUCUGGUUGUGUUUCUAUAAAAAACGAAGUGAAUAUAAUGAUGAAAAAUGUUGUGGAUAUUGUUCUUGGAGGAUUAACUUACUGGAUUUUUGGAUUUGGUAUGAGUUUUGGAACUGAAGAGCCUACGAAUCCCUUUAUUGGCAUUGGAGGGUAUAUGAUAGAUCCAAAAGUGGGAGAUGAUAAUUUUGGUCCAGCUUGUGCUGCUUUUAUUUUUCAAUUGAGUUUUGCUACUACUUCAACUACAAUUGUUAGUGGUGCGAUGGCUGAACGGUGUAAUUUUAAAGCCUACUGCAUUUUCUCUUUUCUGAAUACAAUUGUUUAUUGUAUUCCGGCUGGAUGGGUCUGGGGAGAUCAUGGUUUUUUAAAUUCUAUGGGAGCCAUUGAUAUUGCUGGUUCCGGAACAGUUCAUCUUGUUGGAGGAGUAUCUGCUCUUGCUUGUGCGAUAAUGCUUGGCCCAAGACUUGGUAGAUAUGAUAAUGGAUUUGAAACCCUUCCGCUUGGCUGCCCAGUAAAUGCAAUUUUGGGAUUGUUUGUACUAUGGUGGGGUUGGCUGGCAUUUAAUAGUGGAAGUACCUAUGGAGUGAGUGGAGAAAAAUGGCAAUAUGCUGCCAGAGCAGCGGUUUCUACGAUGAUGGCUAGUAUGGGUGGUGGAUUAGUAGGUUUAUUUUUCAGUUUAUCCAAUCCUAAAAAGGGAAUAGAUAUUUUGAGUCAAAUUAAUGGAAUUUUAGGUGCUUUAGUGUCAGUCACAGGUGGCUGCUUUCUCUUUCGUGCUUGGGAAUCUAUUAUUGUAGGGAUGAUUGGAGGAUUCAUAACUUGUGCAGUCAUGCCAGCAUUAGAUAAACUCGGCAUAGACGAUCCUGUUGGUGCUUCAGCAACACAUGGAGCCAGUGGUGUUUGGGGCAUGAUUGCAAUAGGAUUUUUUGCAGAUGAUCCUAAACCUUUAAACACCACCAAUGGUAGAAAAGGAUUAUUCAAAGGUGGAGGCUGGUAUCUUCUGGGCAUUCAAAGCUUGACGGUUCUGUGCCUUGGUAGUUGGAGUUUCAUAAUUUCCAUUCUUUUAUUAUGGGUCGUAAAUAAAAUAAUUCCAAUCAGAAUGUCUAUGCAUGAUGAAUUAAUAGGAGCUGAUUUAAUGGAACAUCAUAUAAGACACACUAAGGUUGGAAUAAGUCGUGCUUUAUCAGCACUCAGACCUUUCUCAGGUGAAAUCCGCUUAGUGAAUGUAAUUCCCGUUGGUCAAAAUCCAGGUCACGAAUCCUUCUUAACAAAAUAUAGGAAUUCAAAAAAGUUAGAAAAAUUGAUGAAACUCGCAAUACGUCAAUCAAGACCAAAAAAAUCUAAAUCGCCACUCCAAGCAACUGAAAAUAACACACCACAACUGGCUUGGAUAGAUUAA